AUGUCUGUCUCCGCUAUCUUUGGCACCGGAAUCGCCACCGUCGCUGCAUAUCCGGUUCUCCGCCAAUUUCAGGUUCCGAAAUUGGGGAAUGGAGGAGUCGGAGGAGGAUUAGGGAUGGUGAUUGAGUGUUCGUCGAGGCCGCAGAAGAAAUCGACUGCGCAUCACAGGAAGACGAGGCCGAAGAAGACGCAGCCUUGGGACAUGAAGAGAAAGCCUACCGUUUAUGCUCCUCUUCCUCCUCUCCCACCGGAGUGGACUCCGCUCGCUCUUUCUUCCGACGACGGAGGUGCCGUCGCCGCCGCUUCUCCUGCUGGAGAUUUGGUCUCUGGAGAUGCCGCCUAG